AUCCUCCUCUGGAGACUCUCCAAAUCUUCGAAAUAUGUUGUUGCAUUUGAGACGCUUUAAAGUAAUGAUCGGGAAUAUUCAUGACUUAUGGUGCACAAAUCACUGUUUUAAGCAGAAUCUUUUCUAAUGAAAUGAGUUAAAACACCACUUCUGCGCGACGCCUAACUUUGAUGCACAUGAGUGGGACAUACCGGAUCAGCAUUCCAGAUUGCUCGAACCCCCCGACCCCAUAAUACAACUUAACGCUUUUUGAGAGUAGUGAAAAACUGGAGAAUCUCGGGGUCCAACGCAAAAUGAAAAUAUCGGAGACGACAACAGAAGGGCGGACUGCGUGAAAUAAAACAAACAGCCUCCGUUCAUAAAAAAAAAACCUGUUUUGCAACAACAAAUUGUUAUAAAAGUAAGCUUGCAUAAGACGCCCGCCCCGCUAGUAGUUGCAUAAAUAAGAGUUGGCGCAGAAGAGUGGUCUGGGUCUGCUAAACAUCAGUCCGAAUUUUGGAACUUCGUGAAUGAAAGAAAAAUAAUAAUGGCUAAGCAAGAUUUUGGGAGAAUUGCGAUUAUGCUUCUUGCAUUUGUGAUCUAUAUUAUUAUGCUUAUCUUCAGUCAACUUUCAGCCUCAGGCAUUUCAAAUGGCAUUUUUUUGCAGACAAUUGGUAAUGUGUCAGACAAGUAUGCUACAGAUGUUACACCAGCUGAAUGGGCAUUUUCUAUUUGGGGAGUCAUUUUUGCCUGGUAGAUUCUGUGGUUCAUCUACAUGUUCACUGGUUUUUGUAGAAGGAGUGUUUAUAACUGGAUGUAUUCUGGACCCAUCUUGUCUUAUGGAUUUUACAUAUCCUGGAUUAUUAACAAUCUUCUACUCGUAUCAUGGCUGGUUCUGUGGGACAGAGAGCAAUUGACUGCAGCACUUAUUUUCUUAUGUUGGAUUACCUUUACUGGAUACAUUGUUCUUUUUUUCUCAUAUCGUGGUGUACAUGCCCGUGUUGAGGAACUACAAGAAUACCAUAAGUCCGAUUUGUGGCUUUUAAGGAUAUUGGUUCAUAAUGGUGUGGCUACCUAUAUAACCUGGACAACAAUAGCAACUUUGAUUAACUUUGCUGUGGUCUUGACAUAUGUUGGAGGAGUGUCAAGAUCAACAGCUGCUACUGUGUGCCUGUCAGUCCUCUUGAUUGAAGUCAUUGCAUGGUUUGUGGUGGAAAAUUUCUUCCUAGAUAAAUAUGUGCGUUACACACUUACCAUCUAUCCUGUUGUAAUUCUGGCUUUAUCAGGAAAUAUUGCAAAAAACUUCAAGCCAGACUCACCAGGCACAAAUGGGAUUUUUUGUGCUGUGUUGCUAGGAAUUGCCUCCACAUUAUUUCUUCUACGUAUUUUGCUAGUGUUAUGGAAACAUUUGAAGUCGGCACCUGGGGUUAAGCCUGAAAACACCACUAAUUAUUAAGAAAGUUCUUUCAUUCUCUGCAGAAUACAUUUUCUGCAUAACAAGGCAAAGUAUAAGAUGGGUCUCAGAGGGUAGCCAAAGGAGCAACAGUAAACCCUACUACUGCAAGACCAGUACAGGUGAAAUGUGGCAUCUCCACUCCUAGGCAUUAUAUGCAGUAUAAUCGUACUAGUCAAUCGACUGCAUCACUAGUGUUUAGAACUAUUCAAAAUAUUGACUAAUGUACCAAAGUUUUAUAUUAACUUACUUUAUGCUUAUAUUGUAUAGGAUUUAUAAUUCCAUUGUGCAUUUUUAAUGAUCUGACAUAAAGCUGUUCUGUAUUAAGUGGGUAACAAUACCUUCUAAACUAUAAUGUAUUGUUUGAAGUCUUUGUAUAAUAAAAACAAAAUAUACUAGUC